CGGAGUAAUAACUCCCGGGAACUAAUUCGGACAUAAGAGUGAUAGGACAGAAGACCUUUGCACCCCGUCCGUAUGAAUAUUCAAACAUAAUUUAGCAUCUAUUUUUCCAGAUCUUGAUCGGACUAGGCCUCUCUUACUCUUGCGCUUGAAGAUUCAAGCUCAAUCAAAGGCCGAGAACUUAUAAUCAUCUUAACGGCCAACUCGCGUUCGGACUACAGAUAGCUCGCAGGGAGAUGCGGUCGUGUAGUGCAGAUAUUUGAGGAGUUUUAUUGGAUUAAUAAGAUGCUGCACGUUCCGGCAACUAUAGAAGACCAGCUUAUACUAAAAGCGAUCAGGGAAGAAUGCCCCUGGGAAAGCCUGCCGAAGCGGCUCCAAGCUACUUUGAAUUCGGCGGAAGAAUGGCAUAAAAGGAUAAUCAACCACUGCAUAAGGAGAAGACUCCAGUGGAAUAGUUGUUUUGCUCGCAAAGUUUGCAAAGAAGGUGAAUUCUAUGAAGAGAUGAUGCGGUAUCUCCGAAGGAAUUUAGCGUUGUUUCCAUAUCAUCUUGCAGAGUACAUUUGCCGUGUGAUGCGAGUGUCUCCUUUCAGAUACUAUUGUGACAUGAUAUUUGAAGUCAUGAAAAAUGAGCAACCUUAUGACAGCAUCCCAAAUUUUAGUGCUGCAGAUGCACUGCGCCUCACAGGGAUCGGAAGAAAUGAAUUCAUUGACAUUAUGAACAAGUGCAGGUCUAAGCUUGUCAGAAAAUUAUGUGGAAGCUGAACAAAUCAAUUGCCAAGGAACUAUUGCCUACCCAACCAGUGGACUUUGUAAUUGAGCCGUGGUGGGGAGUUUGUCUUGUCAAUUUUACGUUGGAAGAAUUUAAGAAACUGACUGAAGAAGAAAUGGCCACAAUUGAUAAAAUAUGUAGGGAAGAAGUGAAUUCAUUUAUUCUUUUUGACCCUGAAGUGAUCAAAGGACUUUACCGACGAGGACUGGUCUAUUUUGACUGUCCUGUAUAUCCUGAUGAUCGUUUUAAAGUUUCCAGACUUGAAGGGUUUGUUUCAAACCGGGAGCAAUCCUAUGAAGAUCCAAUUGAGGAGCUGCUCUAUGCUGUUUUUGUGGUGUUGAGUGAGAAUUCUACUGUUUCUGAGCUCGCCACAACUUUACAGGCUGACCUUUCUCAGCUUCAAGCAGCUGCUUCUUUUGCUUGUCGACUGGGGUGGGCUAUAAAACUACUAGAUCCAGCAUCUAUCCUACAAGACUCGACUGCACCUGGCUCACCCAAAAGCAUCAUUACUGACGAGGAUGAUGGUUCCCGUGCGUCUCUCAGCUCUGGAAAUGUUACUGAUAGUAGUGGCUUCGUGCAAGGAGACAUUCCUUUUACAGAAAAUCAAUGUGUGGCAUCUGGUUAUACACGUGUUGCUUUUCUCGUGGAUGCUAAUAUCACCUCAUAUCUUAUGAUGGGAUCUGUUUCACCAGGUCUAAAAUCUCAUGCCGUGACACUAUAUGAAGCAGGAAAGCUUGGUCAUGCUAGCAUUGCAGAUCUUUGCAAGGAUUUGAGUACACUUGAGGGAACGAAAUUUGAAGGAGAGCUGCAGGAAUUUGCCAAUCAUGCUUUUAGUCUCCGGUGUGUCCUGGAGUGCUUAGCUUCAGGUGGGGUUAAAACAGAUGGAGUUAAGGAUGGUGUUCUGUCAUGUACCACCCAUGAGGCAACCACCUCAAUGGUGGGAACUACAUCAGCCGCUAGAUCUGGGGAUUCUACUUCAUGUGGAUCUGGGGUAACUGCUGAUGAUUGUGCUAAUAAUGAAUCUCCCAAAGGCAAUACCGAUGCUUAUGAACCCAGAGUUGGCACCUCUGACAAUGAUAAUUUAUUAGAGAUUACAUCUGGAGAUGGGGAUCCUCAAUCAGUUCUUAGUUCUCAACUUGAAGAAAAACUGGUAACUACUGAGAGUGUAGAUGUUGGGAAGGGAAGAGUGACACAGAGAAGCUACCGUGUUGACGUCCUCCGCUGUGAAAGCCUGGCUGCUCUCUCACCAGUAACUUUGGAUCGCCUGUUUCUGCGGGACUAUGACAUCAUUGUAUCCAUGGUUCCACUUCCUCCUUCCGCAGUUUUGCCUGGAGCAAAAGGUCCCCUUCAUUUUGGACCUCCCUCCUAUUCAUCUAUGACACCCUGGAUGAAAUUGAGCCUGUAUUCAGCUAUGGGGUGUGGACCUCUAUCAGUUGUUUUAAUGAAAGGGCAGUGCUUAAGGAUGCUUCCAGCACCAUUAGCAGGCUGUGAAAAAGCCCUUAUAUGGUCAUGGGAUGGAUCUUCUGUUGGUGGGUUAGGGGGGAAACCCGAAGGGAAUUUAGUAAAAGGGAGUAUACUUUUGCACUGUUUGAAUUCCCUUCUUAAAUAUGCUGCUGUGCUUGUCCAGCCUCUCAGCAAAUAUGAUCUUGACGAAGCUGGAAAAAUUGUUACCUUGGAGAUUCCAUUACCGUUGAUGAACUCUGAUGGCUCAACUGCUAACAUAGGGGAAGAAAUGGGGCUGCACUCUGAACAGUGUCUCAAUUUGAACACGCUUUUAACUGAUCUUGCAAAAAAAAUGAAUCUUUGGAGCAUUGGUUAUAUUCGUUUGAUAAGGCUUUUCAAAGAAAGAGUUGCAGAAAGUUUUACAGACGAUGCUAAGUAUGAAUGGGUUCCAAUGAGUGUGGAAUUUGGUAUUCCACUAUUUAGUCCAAGGUUAUGCAGUAACAUAUGUAAGAGGGUUGUUUCAUCACAAUUACUCCAAAUGGACCUAUUUACUGGGCAUCGUGAUGCCAUGCAGGAAUUGAGAAAGACGUUGCGGAGUGUGUGCGAUGAAUACCGAGCAACAGGUCCGGCAGCAAGGCUACUUUACCAAAAAGAGCAAUACAAGGAAUCACCUCGGCAGCUUAUGACCUAUGCAAGUGGAAGGUGGAACCCUCUUGUGGAUCCUUCAUCUCCCAUUUCUGGAACCAUGAGUGAACACCAUAGGUUAAAACUUGCUAAUAGACAACGAUGCCGGACAGAAGUUUUGAGCUUUGAUGGCAAUAUUUUGAGAUCUUAUGCUCUAACUCCAGUAUAUGAGGCUGCUACCAGAGUAGUUGAUGAAUCUACCUCAAUGAGUAAUGUAAAAGUUGACUCAGAUGAUACUGAGAGUAAAGAAGUGAUUCAUCCAGGUGUCAAUCUUCUAUUUGAUGGAUUUGAAUUGCGCCCUUUCGACAUAGGUGCUUGUUUGCAGGCUCGGCAACCUGUUCUUUUGAUUGCUGAAGCCACUGCAGCUUCAGAAAAUUCUGCAGUUAAAUAAAGCAGUCUAUGGAAUAUCUGUUGGUUAUCUUUCAUUUGCGGGGGUGUGUGGGUUGGGGGUUGAACUUUAUGUCAGAUAACAUUUACGUAUACCCGUCAAUUGCUUCCUUUUUGGAACAAUUUAACACAAAAGUUGUAAAAUUAGAACAAAUAUACCCUUGAACUAUCUAUAUUAGAUAACAUACAUACCCCCUCAAUUAUUUGGACACUAGGGUAUGUUUGUUCCGAUUUUACAGUUUUGUGUUUAAGCGUUCCAAGGAAGUUGAGGGGUAUAUUUGUAUUCUGAUUUAUAGUUUAGGGCGAAUCUGUUCUUUCUCCCCGCAAAUAUCCAGUGCUAUGUGGUGCUACAGUGCAGAGAAGACGCCCCAAGGAAAAAAAAUUCAAAUUCCAUCUUCUGAUAUUACUUUCCAUCUACCCAAGCACAAAAACAUGAAACACUUGAAGGGGAACACAAUUUGCAGGAAAGGUAAUUCUAAAGGUUUCCUAAAAGUUUUUGAAAUACAGAAACGUCACCCCUAACUCCCUAAGAAUUAAGUUUUUUACGUGAGAAGUUAUGUUGAGUCUUCUCUAUAGAGAUUUGUAAUUCUACAACCUCUCCAUCUCAUGUUUGCAUGGAAGCCCAUUUAUUUUGUUCUUAUUUUUCCACUUUCAUUUAGUCUUUGGAUUUGUAAAGUUGUGUACUUGUGUUUACUUGAAGAAAAACGGAAAAGGAUCCUUCUUUAUUGGGGCACACACUGGAGUUGUAUACGUGUUUUGUUCCCUCAUAAAAAGUGUGUUCUGAUAAAGCAUUGGCGGUGGAGAGAGUACAAAAAACCUGUGCAUGAUUC